AAACAAAGCGUUUCCAAGAACCAAUUGAUAACAUCUAUUGAAGAACAGUUAGUAUAAAAGGCCCGGACUCACAGCCACAUCAGAACAGUAAACCGAGAUGGCAGUCAGCGCUAAGAUAUUAGUUUUAUUCCUCUGCCUGGGUCUAACUCAGGCGCGUCUGCGUCUCGUGCAGGCCACGGGGCGCAGCAGCGAUUCGGAGACCAAUCGAGAUGAAGGUGUUCCGCAACUUGUGCUUUUUGCGCCCGGGGAGCCGCUCAAGCCGGAGGCCCAGAAUGAGCCCAGCCUCCAUGAGCCGCAGAUUGUCGAGCCGGAGCCCGAGAAGGAUGGCCGCAAGGUGCCGGACUAUCUGUACCCCAAUGCGAUACCCAUGCUGAACGAGCCCAACAUCAAGUAUCGCCUGCCCCAGCUAACAGCCUUCCCCCUCGCCUACGCACCGCAAAUCGCCAGCAAUCAGAUUAGAACCUCCACGAGCAACAACAAAAUCGCCCUGGAUGCCGGCUCGUAUGUGCUGGUGCCACGCAUCCAACUGGGCUUCAACAUGCAGAGCCAAGCAGGUCUCAGCCUGCCUGGCUUCAACCUCUUUCCCGGCACACAGCCCAACGAACCGGUUGAACAGAAGGAGCAGCAAACCGCAUACAUUCCGAUUCCAGUGCCUGGACCACCUGGACCACCCGGACCACCGGGUCCACCCGGCCCACCAGGCCCACCCGGACCUCGUGGCUUCACCGGCGCAACUGGGCCCCGAGGCAGGGAUGCGCCACGCGUCUCCUCCAGCAGCUCGGCCAGUGCAGCACAGCAGAGCCCACAAAGCAUUUGGUUUGCCCAGAGCAACAGCAACAUCAAUGGCAACAAUAAGCAGCCGUAUGAGCAUUACUCGAGUGGCUAUCAAAACUGA